ACAAAAGUCUGCAUUCUUUUCACUUAUCCAAGGCUGGUACUUCAAUAAUUACAAAACAUUUUUAUUUCUUUUCAGAAACGUGCCAUGUGGGUUCAGUGGCGGUGAUACUUUAUUAGUUCUUCUUCCCCGCAGCUCGUGCCAGUCUCAGUUCCCAGUGCCUCCACCGCGGUCAACUAAUCACUACAACUACAUCCAUCAACCUCCCCCUUGACGGCCUUUUCCCUCUCAUGAUGCGUCGCCGCCAUGAUUACAGAAGGUAGUGCCAUCCCCCCAAUGGUUCAGGGGAAAUCAAUGACUUCGCCACCAUCGAACAAAGGCAAAGAGACUGCAACUCCAUCUAUCGCCUCUAAGAUCGCUCGCUCUGCUUCCGGUCUCGCAAAGGGAGCCGUGGGAAGCUCCGACGUAUCGGGAGCAUCACAUGCCUUAGACCUGAACUCCAAAUCUUUCAAUGGAUCUUCCUCGCGGGCCGCAAACCACUGGCUUCAGGACAUCCCUUCUCAUGUUGCGACUCCAAGUGCGAGUGGCCAAAGUGGUUCCUCCUACCAAAGUUUUCGGUCAAGUCCAGUACGGGAACCCGAUGAUCGCGCCAUCAAUGAAUUUCUGAAUGGGUCGCCGGAGAGCCUGAGCUUUGAACUCGACCAUUUUGAACCUCUUGAAGAACGAGACGUGAACGAUUCUCUUCCUUGGAUGUUCCCUGAGCCUGGCGCCUCAUCCACAGAUCAAGAUGUCCAAAAUGUUCACACUGGAGACCAAUCAGAAAACGACCAAGCAUUGCGAACAAUGCACACCCCAUACGAGGAGAACGAAAUCCAGGAUGACCAAGAGAUUGAAGAAUUUUGGCAUACUCACGUAUCUGCAAAAUUGGGAGAAUCUCACAAUGAGCAAAACACAACCGACACACACGAAGCCGCAUGGGCAGAAAAUAUCUCUCUCAUGCGGCUCAACAUGAUCCUCGGACAUGUGACAGAGAAGAGUUCACUGAUCUCGGCACGGGAUUUCGCGUCUGGCUUGAUACAUCAGGAACCGGUAUCAGCCCAUCACGUGGCCAUCGACCACAUCCACAAAAUACAACAGGAACAUAUACAAGCCAUUGAAGCGCAAGAGUUCCGUUCACAAACUUCGAAAAAUAUCUCUUCAAACCAAGUCGUUGACCAAACGAGCUCACGGAUACAAUCAACUCACGUAUCUCAUGCAAAGAACGUCAAUCAAGUAGCUAGCCCAGAGAAUGUGCCAUCGGAACCUGAGUUCCACUGCGCACGAGCCGUCUGUCGUGAGCGCUUCAAGGAUCCCGCAGCUAUCCGCCCAUAUCCAGGCGCACGCUGGGGCUACAAAUGUCCCCAUGACGAUUGCACCGCUCAAUUCCAAACAUACAACAAAUGGACCGUGCACAUCUCACAACCUCAUCAUCGAUAAAUGUAAGAGAUAGAAGAAGAGAAGAGAAUGGCCGAAAUCGUACAUAUUGUUUUUCCACCGAUUGUUGAGCCGUGAGCCUUCGGAAUGCUUCGGAAGCAUGGAGGUGUUGUGUUUCAAACGGCACAGGAGGGAACACCCAUAUUGGGAAAGCUGCAUGAUCGGGUGUGCAACGUCAGGAGAACGACAAACGCCGAACAAGUCCGCCUGCUCCGGCCAAAGUCUCUUUUCAAGGAAGUUAAUAUUACAGCAUAGCAUAGCGUUUAUAGGCAUGGUCAAAUGUACGAUAUAGUAGCAGACUGUUGAAGAUGAAAUGUAUAUAUUUAGAAGCUUCGCAGCAUUAUCAAAGAUCUUUCAGUCCC